UAAGGUAUUAGAAUGUGAAAGUAGACGCCUUUUUGACUCAUCUCACAUUUUAUAACAUUAUUUUGAAGUUUUAUACAUGUAGAAGGACAUUUAAAAUCCUUCAAAAUAAAUAUUUAAUGGAGUUGGAAAUGCUACAGUUUAAUAAACUGCGCAUGUGUGAAUGUUGACAGUCUUAGAAUGUAGACCUAACCAUCCUUAUUGCACUCAGUAAUAACGAUCGAUGUCCAAAUGACUUUAUGAUUUUGUCACCACAUGACCAUGAAGACUCCAGGAACGAUUUUAAUUUUGCUUGUUCUUGUUUUUCCCGUGAUUACAGGACAGGGUAUUUCGGUACGAUUCAGUGGUACCGGGGCGACAGCUAAUCAGGGUAGAGUAGAGGUGCUCUAUAAUGGUACCUGGGGGACGGUGUGCGAUGAUCAGUUUGACACGGCGGACGCUGGGGUUAUAUGUAGGAUGCAGGGAUUCAAUGAGGGAGGAACAGCCAUAACUAACGGGACAUUUGGCGCGGGAACAGGCCGGAUAUGGAUGGAUGACGUAAACUGUGACGGCACAGAGCAAUCUAUAGACCAGUGUCAGUUUUCAGGAUGGGGCAACACCAACUGUGGUCACAAUGAGGACGUGGGGGUCCACUGCCGUACCUCAGGUGUGACCGCAGCCCCAACAGGGUCACCGACGACCCGCGCUCCUGCUACCAUCCAGCCUAACAACUGUACAGCAACUACUGCUCCAACCGCCCCUCAGAAUUGGGACGUGCGAAUUGUGGGCCCCACAGACCAGCGAGGACUCGGGUUCGUGGAGGUUUACCUGAACAAUCAAUGGAAUGCUAUCUGUGACGACCGCUGGGGCAGAUCCGACGCCCAGGUCAUAUGCAGAAUGCUUUGUUUUGAUCCCGUGGACGCUCGAGCGGGUUCUCCGAUUGAAAUUAACUAUGUCCGUCAGAACGUCAGCUCCACAUACGCUUUGGAUGACGUAGAAUGCCAAGGUAACGAGAACAGUAUACGAGAUUGUACCUCCACGACUGGGGCAGCCAUUGAUUGCAGCGGGCGAGAUGAGUAUGCCAGCGUAGCCUGUACAAUACUGGACAAUUCACCGCCAAUUCCCCCAAUUCCAACCUUGGAAUGUGCUAAUGGACAGAUCAAGGCUUUAUUCAGUCUUCAGAAUGAUAAGAACUUGGAAGAAAAGUUUCUUACAAUUUUCAACCAAACCACUGGUGUCUGUAAUCUCGUCAAAUCAACUGAUGCAAACUUUGUUUCCAUUAGUAUACCAUUCGACGAGUGUGGAACCCGUGUUACGACAAACGAAACGCACAUUGUUUACACCAACGUGAUUCGUUAUGACUACACAUCAACUGAGGGAAAUGUUUAUAGAGUGAAUACAUACCGAGUGGAGGUCUCGUGCGAGUUUCCACGAGAUUUGGAUACAGAUCAAGGGAUGCUUCCACAAACAGAAAGUGUAACACAAAAAGCCCCGGGAACUUUCAACAUAAGAAUGGAUUUCUUUAAAAAUAACUCAUUUAACAAUCCUGUAUCUGACUUUCCAUUGAAUCUGACUUUAGGAGAAUGGCUCAAUGUAGCACUCACUUUAGAAAACGUGGAUUCCAACCUCAAGCUAGUUGUUCCAGAUUGUGUGGCAACACCAACUACUUCUGAAACGGAUCCCACAAAUUACCCACUAUUUGAGAACAAGUGUCAAUUUGAUCCAACACUUGGGUUCUUUCCAUUAAAUUCGACGUCUUUUGGAUAUCGCUACCAAACAUUUAAGUUUGUCAAUUUCGAUGAAGUGUUUCUACAUUGUAAGGCUUUCGUGUGUUUGUUGACGGAAAAAGACGCCGAAUGUGACAGAAGUUGUAAUUCCACAGCGACCGCCACAACUGCUGCUCCAGCGGGGCGCAGACGACGAGAAGCCAUAACGAGGCCGACCUACUCGAGGCAUAUCUACAACAUCUACAGUCCAGCUAUGAGUUUUCAUAGGAAAGAUUAUGACAACUCGAUUAUCAGGCAGUGGAAUGUUACGGCCGGUCCGAUAACAACACCGGUUACGACGAGUAGCUUGAAGCCGCCUACGUCAUCAAAAGCUCAACCGACAACACAAACAGCUCACAAAACAACACAGACAACAAAGUCAGCAGGAAGCAGCCCAACAACACUAGCACGGACAACUAAAGCAGCAAAGACAACAACGACAACAGCAACACCCAAGUCUACACAGAAAGCAACAUCAAAAACAACACAGAAAGCAACGUCAAAACCAACGCCUAAUACAACACCAAAAUCAACUCAGACACCAACAACUACACAGAAACCAAUAGCUACCACGAAACCAAAGCCAAAUUAUGCCACUUCAGUAAAAAUCUCGAAAGUGACAGUUGCACCAACAACUCAGAAAGCAAAACCUAUUGUGAAUAAAAACAAGUUUUCUGAUUAUCCAGUAUCUUCGGGUUUAGCGGGUAAUAGCAAUAAACUUUCUAGCUCUUGCCAGAAGCGUUUUAACUUUUUUAAUUUUGUUUGCUAUCAAUUGAUUUUACUAAGCUCAUUACUUCUUUUGUAAAUUAUUAUGUUUGAUACCGGCAUUUCAGAUAUUAUUUAUUUAUGUUGCAUUUUGUUUGAUCAUAUUUAAUUUAUGGAUUUUUUUUUGUUUGUAAUAAAAUGUGCAGUUGUUGA